AUGGCCCGCUCGAGGGCGACGGAUGUUUCGGUUUCCAACAGAAGUUACCACGACGACGAUACCAUCUCCCAGAACGCCCCGGCCGGUGUUCAGAAAAUAGAGGCCACAACGAAAGCCUGGUCCCGGAAAACGCUCAUCAUUGCCUACGCCCUGAUGUGGCUUACUUACUUCGUCAACAACACGCAGCAGGGUAUGGCGUUUGCGUUGACUCCCUACGUUACGGGCCGGUUCCAAAGACAUUCCUCUACAGCGACCAUUCACGUCAUGGCUAGUCUGAUUGGUGGUCUGAUAAAAUUGCCGCUCGCUAAGGUUCUCGAUGUCUGGGGUCGUCCUCAUGGUUACGCAUUCUGUGUGAGCCUCUUGUCAGCUGGCCUAGUCAUGAUGGCGGUUUGCGAGAACCUCGCAACGUACACUGCUGCGCAAGUCUUCUACUCUGUUGGAUACAGUGGCCUCGCAUAUACCCUGAGUAUAUUUAUUGCCGACACUUCGGCACUCAAGAAUCGAGGACUCAUGCUUGCCUUUGCACUUUCACCCAAUAUCAUCACGGCAUGGCUCGGCGGUCCAAUUGGUAAAAGUAUUCUCGCCGGCCCCGGGUUAGCCUGGGGGUUCGGCAUAUUUGCCAUCGUUAUCCCGGUCAUCACCAUGCCACUCUUCGGCAUCUUCAUGUACAACUAUUAUCGAGCUAAGAAGCAAGAUCUCGUCGUAGUAGAGAAGAGACGUCAGGCCACUUAG